CUGCUGCUUAUCCGGGGAUGUCACACACCGCUGCUAUUUUCUCCCCUCAGUCCCUCUCACUCUCUGAGCCUACAGACUGACACACGGGGUGCUUUUGGAUAGAAAAGAAAACGAACAAUAAGAUACAAAGAGGGCCUACAAAACAGAAAAUGGCAGAGCUCGGAGCGGGCAGCCUGCCGUUAGGAGAUCCUGCUUUUAACUACCAGGAACACGAGCUGAACGAGCGGCUGAAGCGGCUCUACCCGGCUGUGAACGAGGAAGAGACCCCUUUACCCAGAUCCUGGAGCCCCAAGGAUAAAUACAGCUACAUUGGGCUGUCACAGAACAACCUGCGGGUCCAUUACAAAGGCCAUGGUAAGAACCAUAAGGACGCAGCAUCAGUGCGAGCCACACACCCAAUCCCUGCUGCCUGUGGGAUCUACUACUUUGAAGUCAAGAUUGUCAGCAAAGGUCGAGACGGGUACAUGGGCAUCGGCCUGUCUGCCCAGGGAGUCAACAUGAACAGACUGCCUGGAUGGGACAAGCACUCAUACGGUUACCAUGGCGAUGACGGCCACUCCUUCUGCUCCUCCGGGACCGGCCAACCAUACGGCCCGACAUUCACCACGGGGGACGUGAUUGGCUGCUGCGUUAACCUCAUCAACAACACUUGCUUUUACACCAAAAAUGGCAUCAGUUUAGGUGUAGCCUUCACAGACCUCCCUCCCAACCUGUACCCCACUGUGGGGCUCCAAACUCCGGGUGAGAUCGUCGACGCUAACUUUGGCCAGCAGCCGUUCGUCUUCGACAUCGAGGACUAUAUGAGUGAAUGGCGGGCCAAGAUCCAUGGCAUGAUCGCCCGCUUCCCCAUAGGAGAGAGGCUGGGGGAGUGGCAGGCUGUCCUGCAGAAUAUGGUGUCCAGUUACCUGGUGCAUCAUGGGUACUGUGCCACCGCAACAGCCUUCGCCAGAGCCACAGAGACCCUGAUACAAGAGGACCAGACAUCUAUAAAGAACAGACAGAGAAUACAGAAGCUGGUGCUGGCAGGACGGGUGGGCGAAGCCAUAGAGGCUACUCAGCAGCUUUAUCCCGGCCUGUUAGAACACAACCCCAACCUACUAUUCAUGUUGAAGUGUCGUCAGUUCGUGGAGAUGGUGAACGGUACAGACAGCGAGGUUCGCUGCUUGACCAUUCGCUCCCCCAAGUCCCAGGACAGUUACCCUGGCUCACCCAGCCUCAGCCCCCGCCACGGAGCCAGCAACGCACACCUGCACACCGGAGGAGCAGACAGCCCAACCUGCAGUAACGGAGUGACUCCCCCCAACAAGUCAAAGAGCCACGGUGGCAUUGGCAGCAGCGGCGUCAAAUACCCCAGCGUGUCCUCCUCCGCCUCCUCUUCCACCUCCUCCUCCCCUUCCUCCGUCAACUACUCCGAGUCCAACUCCUCCGACUCCACUAAGAGCCAGCCACACAGCGCCAACAGCACCCAGGAAACCAGUGACAGUGAGAUGGAGAUCGAAGCAGAGCACUAUACCAAUGGGGUUGUUGAGGGCUCCUCAGCGCGGAUCAUGAAUGGCACAUACAAACACGAAGAGAUCCUUCAGCCAGACGACAACAGCAUUGGCAAUGGGGUCACAGAUGAGGGUUGUAGUAAUGGCAGACAGCUUUGCGGAGGGAACCAGGCAGCCACAGAGAGGAUGAUCCAGUUUGGACGGGAGCUGCAGGCGCUCAAUGAACAGCUGUGCCGCGAGUAUGGCAAGAACGCAACACACAAGAAGAUGUUACAGGAUGCAUUCAGCCUGCUCGCGUACUCAGACCCGUGGAACUGCCCCGUUGGCCAGCAGUUAGACCCUACCCAGAGAGAAACCCUCUGCUCCGCACUCAACAGCGCCAUACUGGAGUCCCAAAAUCUGCCUAAGCAGCCUCCGCUGAUGUUAGCGCUCGGCCAGGCCACAGAGUGUGUUCAGCUCAUGGCCCGAGUCCGGUCUGGUUCCUGCUCCUUCGCCAGAGUAGACAACUUUUUGCACUAGCCCAGGUCCAGGUUAAUGUUAAGUAGCACUGAGAGAAGGCAUGUCCAGCAGGUAGUUGUCAUGGCGACGGAGGAAAGAGCAUGCGUGUGAUUGGUGUGUUUGGCUGUCCGUCAGACCGAGCCAGCGGCACAGACAGAGGAGCAGAGGAGAGCGGGAGAGAAGAAAGCUUCCUUUUAAUUUAGUAUUAUCAAAUAAAGAAAUGUGUGACACUAUUUAAAGAUAAUUAAUUAUUAUUCUGUUUAUCUAGCCAUUUUUAUAGCUCUUUUUUUGUCAGUUUGUUGUGCUCAUCCUGGACAAAACAAAUUGUAAAUCCCCUUUUUUAUUUUUUCUUCUGUUUUAAUGGGUGGAUUUUGAUUUCCUACGAUCAGUAUUUUACGUUGUUGUUCACCAUAUCACAGACCACAAUACCCACAUCUGGUUACCACGGUAACCCCCACGACUGUAGGUCAACUUAACAAAACCUGAGGUAUAUUAACAUCAUCUUUGAUAAGAUACAGAGGACAGAAAGACUCUGAGCCCUUUAUCCUCCUCAAAUACUUUAAAGUGCGUUCAUGUCUUGAAAUACACUCAGCAGGGCAGCAAACAAGUGUUCAGCAUGAAAAACACCAUUGAUAGUGUGGAGCAGACCAUUAUCUCUGGCCAAGGCUGAUGCCAUUCAGUAGUAUACACCACCACUGAUAUAGAAUAUAAAAUGGACUGUGAAAAGUAAAUUAUUCCAGAAAGUUGGAAAUAAAAAUCGAUUGCUGUGUCACAGUGAUGAAAUGUUUCAAUAAUAAAAUGCUUUGUGCUAACAGGUUAGACACAUCCUGGGAAAACUCAUGUAAAAAACACAAUUGAAGGGCCUCUGUAGUGGCGAACACCACCAGUAACCAGGGAGAGAGGUUGAAGACAAGGGAUUAAAGGGACAGUUCACCCCCAAAUUCAAACAUACAUAUUUUCCCUCUUACCUGUAGUGCUAUUUAUCGAUCUAGAUAGUUUUGGUGUGAGUUGCCGAGUGUUGGAGAUCUCAGCCAUAAAGAUGUAUGCCUUCUCUCCAAUAUAGUGGAACUAGAUGGCCCUCGGCUUGUGGUUACAAAGCGCCAAAAUAAUACAUUGGUAAAACUCAACAACAAUGCGUCUUUCCAGAAAUUAUGACACGGUUACUCAAGAUAAUCUACAUACCUUGUUGUGAGCAUUUUCAUGCGGGAACUAUUUUCUUUUUACCACACUACACCUGCCAACCUUAUCACCGCGCAGAAGGAAGCAUGCAUCUACUCGUGUUAUAUUUUAUAGCUUGCCAAUACUGCUAGCUCACCUAGCACCACUGAGCUAGCUAACGUUACAGCUCAGUCGAGGAAGACGCCAUUAAUGUUUACGUCUCGCGCUGUCACAAGCAUGAGCCUCUUGUCCAUGGGUAGAUGCACACUUCCUUCUGCACAGUGAUACGGUUGGCGGGUGUAGUUCGGUAAAAAGAAACUAGUUCCUUCAUGAAACUGCUCACAACAAGGUGUGUAGACUAUCUUGAGUAACUGGGUCAUGAUUUCUGGAAAGAGACAUUGCUGUUGAGUUUUUCAAAUUUAUUUUUUGGCACUUUGAGCACCACAAGCCGAGUGCCAUCUAGUUCUGUUAUAUUGGAGAGAAGGCAGACAUCUCUAUGGCCGAUAUCUCCAACAUUGGGCAACUCACACCAAAACAAUCUAGAUUGAUAAACAGCACUACAGGUAAGAGGAACUAUAUGUAGUUUUGAUUUUGUGGUGAACUGUGCCUUUAAAUUUGAAUAUAAGAGGUUAGAGCCUUAAUAUUACUGUAACGACCACAGGAUCGACCCAGCAGUGAUGUCAUUGCAGGUGGCAGAGCUCAGCACCAACACCUGCUCUCAAGACCCAACAUAAUACUAUUAUCAUGGUCGCCUUGAUGCCAGCAUAAAGAAAAUCAGUAUCAAAGGAAGACUAAUGAGCACAGUGUGUGGACGGCUAAAAGUCAAGUCACCUCUGGGGUUUUCAUUACUGCAGUCUUCACACAUCGUCCACAGUCUGACCUGCUCUGUGCAUGUGCUGUUGCAAUUAGAAUUUCAAAUUAAGAGGUGAAAUCACUUAAUUUAAUUAAAUUUUAGGGUGAUAAUUGUGAUUAUGAUAAUUAAGUCAUAGUCUUUCUUUCAUUUUGGGUGUUUGAUUCAAAACCUCAAAGGUUGUUAAAGCCAAUUGUGUGUGUUGGAAAAAAAGGCCUUUUUCCACUCAGACCCCUCCAUUUCUCUAACACCCAUAAACUUGACUUGACUAUUUCCUACCUAUUAUUACACAGGAGGACAUAGUCAAGUUAAUUUAUAGCCCAAAAGUUUGUCCCAGAGUGCCUCUCAGUAAGUACAGAAAAAAGAUGAUAAUAUAAUAAUAAUAAAAGAUAAGAAAUUAUUUUUCAGGUUCGCUGCGGGCCACCAUGAGAUUUAAUAGCUGAUUAGACUGUUGUCAAGCUAUUAAAUAGGCGUUAUCAGCCGCUAUAAGUCCUAUAGAUGUAGGUCAGUAGGGGCCUACUACACCCACUAGUAGGUUUUAUCAUUUAUUCACAUGGUAGAUCACCGAAAGAAGGUAUUAAAAAAACAACACAACAGCAACCGUAGUAGUUAUGACAG